UGAGUUUUAUGAGUUUGUUCGAUUAAUUUUAUUUCAUUUAUUCAUUCAUUUCAUCGUUGUCGCCGUUAGGAUAAUAGAAUCCUCGUACGAUUGUUCACGUAUACGGUGUGUGUGUAACGUUUGCAUUAUAUUAGGGCUGCAGGAGAAUUAAUCAUACGGUAAGGAGAGGUUGAAAGAACGGAAAGGAGAACAGUACGACUUUUUUCAAUCAAUUAAUUUUUUUUAUCCGUUAAGGGGCGUGGAAAAGUUAACAUUCGGAUGUUUUUCGUGUGUUUGUUGUUUGCUAUUUUUAACGUACCUACGCCGCUCUGUGACAGCUUUCACCUAGAAUUACAACGAAUUCGCGAAAGAAUGUUGAAGUAACGGAGAAAUUUUGAAAACAUUCAGGGGACUUGCGGUAUAAUAACAUAUGACAUGAUAUGUGUAUGUAUAUAUGUAUAUAAUACAACAUGUACCCCGGAACGAUCAUUUUUGUAGAUGAUCAUGAUCGCGAGACAAGAUUGACCAUAGACAUGAACCUACUACGUUGUUAACCGAUUAAAAAAAAAAAAGUGUCUGUGUCUGUGAUCGAAAAGGCGAACAAAUUAAUAUAACGAGCGAUAAGACAACCUUUAAUUAUUGAGAUUUUGAAAGGGGAAUUAGAAACGAGGAGUGUUCGUGACGAAGACGCGGCAAAUGGCUAAAUACUAAAAAGAAAUGGAAAAAAAUAAAUUGAAGGAUAACGUGUUACGCGGACACUUGAUAAAAUCCACAGGCUUCGAUUCAACGUUGGAAGUCUAGUUUAUCGCCAUUUUUUGAAAUUUGAUUUUUUUUUUUCAAUCAAAUCAAUUUGUCGGUCACGUUAUCACGUCGCAAUGUGUUAUUUUCACUAUCAUUUUGAGUAAUGAGGUAAGGACGCCAUUAUAAUGAUAAUUGAAUAAUAUAAUCGAAAGAGAGGAGAAGAAAGCGAGUUUGGAAUUUCUAAAUUUUAUUUUUGUACAUAGAACGAGAGAAAUUGGAUUUUGACAACUCGACGACUCAAUUAGUCCUAGUAAUCAGGUUUGUAUUCUAAAGGUGUGUGCUUCCCUUGUGUACGAAAAAUUGAUGAAAAGGUGUAAUUAAUAUGAGUUCACCCGACAACCCAUCAAUCUAAUUGAAAUGAAUGAAAUCGUUUGUAGCUCAUCUGUAGACGAUCGUAGUGUAAUUAGAAUUGCUUGAUAGUGAAUCGACUUUUUUAAUUAAAUAACGAAAACCUGCUGACGUAACUGGCCGACAAUUACAUACAGGAUGUCCAAGAAAUCUGGAAACGGCUUAUAAUUAAUGAACUCAAGACGGUGAAAAAAACUGAGAAUUUUAAAUAGGUUUCUUUGAUGAUUUUUUCCAAGCAAUCGAAUGGUCAAAUCAGAUUUUGGACCCUAUGGCUUUGAAAAGGGCCCGUAGGUCUCAAAUUUGGAAUUUUCAUCAAAAACAUCAAAUUUUAUAGAUACAUGUAUAAUUUUCGGCUAGAUACAUGCGCAAGUUUUCAAUUAAAGAAGAUCGGCUCACUAUCGAAUAAUUCUAACUGCACUACAAACGUCAACAGCUGAGCUACAUAAUCGAUUUCAUUCAUUUAUAUCAUGCACUCAAAUUGAUGAUUUGUCAGCUAAACUCAUAUUAACAAAGCUAAUAGCUAAGAUCAUUGCAGUCCUCGACCCUCAUAUUCAUACUUUUGUUUUUAUUCUCAAAAUUUCGUCAAGUGUUUGGAAAAUGGGCUUCAGAACACAAUCACAAUAAGAUCGUCGGUAAGAAUUUUGGUUCAUAUUUUCUUUUUUCUAUACAAACCACCCUCUACGCUAUAAUAAACGUAAACUAAUACCGUAUUCAGACGUUUAUAUAAAAACAAUUUAUAUUUCUCAUAAUAAUGGAAAAUGAUAUUAUAACUGUCUGCAUGAAGACCAAAAAUGAGGAAUGCUAACAUGUACGGAAAUCAUCAGUAGUAGUCGUAGUAGUAAUAGUCGUAAUGGUCGUAAUGGUGGUAGUAGUAGUAGUAGUAGUAGUAGUAGUAGUAGUAGUAGUAGUAGUAGUAGUAGUAGUAGUAGUAGUAGUAGUAGUAGUAGUAGUGGAAAUGUUAAUAUUGCUAAUAACGCUAACAACGCUAAUAAUGCUAAUGAUAAUAAUAAUAUCAAUGAUGAUAAUACCAAUAACAAUAAUGAUAAUAGCAUUAUAACAAUAAUGGGUUUACUUAUAAGUAGUUAAGUAUAUGUAAUAAUUUAUCAAAAUUCAAGCCAUAUAUAUGUACAUACAAAUAGGUAGAAAAACAUAUAUAUGAUUUCUUUUCAUACAUCUCAUAUGAUUCUAUAGAUAAAUACAUCCGAUAUAUUAUAAUAAAAAUUAUUCAUACAUACAAUUAACGUGCACUUUUCCUAUUAUAUAUCUGUGCCUUAUACUAUUUUUAUAUCCACGUUCCCGUAUAUGGUUCACAUUUAUUAUGAACAUAAUCAAAUUACGCUCUUAUGAAAUGGGCAUUUAAAAAUGGACUAAUCAAAAAAACGAAAAACAAAUACAGUCACAUUAUGCGGAUGAUUAUAUGUUUCGCGUUCUGUUUCUCAAUUUUGUUUCUUCCUAAUUAAGUUGGUAUGAAAGAAAAAAAAAAUUGUACAUGAAACUUUUCUAUUCUG